GCUUUCGCCAGCCUCCCUCGCCAACCUCUUUGGAACGUUCAGCUUCCGCCGCCGCGUUCGGAGAAGAGAACCUUGAGCUCCCCAACGUUCUGUGUUUUUAAAAAAAGAGCAAACAGCGGCGUUUUAAGCGUACAAGCUAAAAGUGUGGGGAAGUGAUUAAAAAAUAAAAUCCAAGCAAAAUGAGGGAAAUCGUUCACAUUCAAGCUGGGCAAUGUGGUAACCAGAUCGGUGCUAAGUUUUGGGAGGUGAUUAGUGAUGAACAUGGGAUCGACCCCACUGGAACCUACCAUGGCGAUAGUGACCUACAACUUGACCGCAUCAGUGUUUACUACAAUGAAGCCACAGGUGGCAAAUAUGUCCCUCGUGCCAUCUUGGUUGACCUGGAACCAGGAACUAUGGACUCCGUGAGGUCUGGACCUUUCGGUCAGAUCUUCAGACCAGACAACUUCGUGUUUGGCCAGAGCGGAGCUGGGAACAACUGGGCGAAAGGCCACUACACAGAAGGUGCCGAGCUGGUGGAUUCCGUCCUGGACGUGGUCCGGAAGGAAGCGGAGAGCUGCGACUGCCUCCAGGGUUUCCAGCUGACCCACUCCUUGGGGGGCGGCACCGGUUCCGGGAUGGGCACGCUCCUGAUCAGCAAGAUCCGCGAGGAGUACCCCGACCGCAUAAUGAACACCUUCAGCGUGGUGCCCUCUCCCAAGGUGUCCGACACCGUGGUGGAGCCGUAUAACGCCACCCUCUCCGUGCACCAGCUGGUGGAGAACACGGACGAGACCUACUGCAUUGACAACGAGGCUCUGUACGACAUCUGCUUCCGCACGCUCAAGCUCACCACGCCCACCUACGGAGACCUCAACCACCUGGUCUCGGCCACCAUGAGCGGCGUCACCACCUGCCUCCGCUUCCCCGGCCAGCUGAACGCCGACCUCCGCAAGCUGGCGGUCAACAUGGUGCCCUUCCCUCGCCUUCACUUCUUCAUGCCCGGUUUCGCCCCCCUGACCAGCCGCGGCAGCCAGCAGUACCGCGCCCUGACGGUGCCCGAGCUGACGCAGCAGGUCUUUGACGCCAAGAACAUGAUGGCGGCCUGUGACCCACGCCACGGGCGCUACCUAACUGUCGCGGCCGUCUUCCGUGGCCGCAUGUCCAUGAAGGAGGUGGACGAGCAGAUGCUGAACGUCCAGAACAAGAACAGCAGCUACUUCGUGGAGUGGAUCCCCAACAACGUCAAGACGGCCGUCUGUGACAUCCCUCCCCGGGGCCUCAAGAUGGCCGUCACCUUCAUCGGCAACAGCACAGCCAUCCAGGAGCUCUUCAAGCGCAUCUCCGAGCAGUUCACGGCCAUGUUCCGGCGCAAGGCCUUCCUCCACUGGUACACGGGCGAGGGCAUGGAUGAGAUGGAGUUCACGGAGGCCGAGAGCAACAUGAACGACCUGGUGUCCGAGUACCAGCAGUACCAAGACGCCACGGCGGAGGAAGAGGAGGAUUUCGGCGAAGAGGCCGAGGAGGAAGCUUGAGGCGAGUCUGCUGGCAGUUCGGAAAACAAAACAGAAAAGUCAAUAAAUCCGCACAAAAAUAAAAAUUGAAAACAAAAACCCUGCAUCUCCACGUUCUGUUUCUUUUUCCUUCCUCUCAAGCCUGUCAACCCCUUCCUGUGUCUCUUAAUGGGCCAGUCUCUGCAUUUUAACCCUCUCUGCAUUUCUUCUCAGUGGUGGGAACAGCCUGUGGCUGAUUUAACAAUGAAACGGCUGCUCAGAGAGUCCCUUGAGAGCGGCUGAAAAAGACAGAAGAGGUUCUGUCUAUCCAUGAUUAUAUUUGGUCACUAGUGAUGUUUGGUUUCCAGGGUAAGCAGAUGCUUCCCUUUCCCUGAUCUACCAUAGUUAAUCAAGUGAGCUGUUAAGAAGCACAAGGCCGAGAGCCUUAUAAUUGCAAAAGGAUGUGAGGAUGUUGGAUCAGUUCGGACACAGGGGACCCAUUCCAGAUAAAAGUAGAACGGUAGCUGACUUUAAAAUGGAAACAUGUUCCUGAAAGGCAAGUUUUCUUUCUUUCUGUCCAAGCAGAAAAUAAUAACCUGACUUCUGCUAAUCUGAGCCGCAGGCCAAUGGUUUCAAAGUGCAUUUGCUAAUAGAAAGUUGGGGUUUAGUUUUGGGGUAGCCUGCAGAAUGGGUGUUUAAAUGGUUUGAAGUCUGGUGGAUUCCUACCCCAGUAGGUCACUCUCUAAAGAUUGCUUGGUCUGUAUGUUUGUUUCUGAAACAUCUGCCACUGGAUCAUCUUGCCCCGGAACACCUUAAAGCACCCAACAUUAAUGUAGAAGGCAUUUGUUGACCAGGAGAACAAAAUGCAAGUUCUCUUUGCAGGAACCACUGGGUCAGAUGUCUCUACCUAUAUGGUAUGCCUGCAAUAUAAAAACACUUGGCAUGCCAGGCACCUGCCUCUUCAUUUAAUGCUCAUUGCCUCCAGGGUCUGUGCCUCUGGAUAUUUGUGUCCUAUUGUUUGUGAAGUCAGCCAUAACUGGUGUGAAAGCCAAAGAGGGUUCUUUCCCUCUCCCUGAUUUUGCCAAAUAUGAUGUCCAAAAGCCUGACCUUCAAACUAUUUCCUUAGAACUUUUCUCCUUGCCUUGGCUUCUCAAAAGCCCUGGAGCUAUAGGAGAAAAGAGCAAAGCACGCUUUUUGUCCUGAAUUAACAUUUUGAGGCUUGGACCCUUACCAAAGGUUGAGGCAGAGAUUGAGACAUUGCUGAUUUGUCUGGGCCCAAAGUGCUGGGUGCACUCUUAGCCGGAAUAAACACAAGCAGCAGUAGAUUGAAAGGGAGUUGUGCCGCAACUCAAAAAGGCAAGCUGCUGUUCGAAGAAAUAACUACCAUUUAAAAUACUUUGGAAGGUAGCUACAAAUCCGAAGUACCCAUGGCUUAAUUUGCUUUUGCUCACAGUUGUAAAAGUUGGAGGUAAGGCUAAAGAUCAGUGAGGAGUGAUGGAAGUUAGCACUUAAAAGGGCAGCAAAGACCUGCACACACAGAGCAGAUGGGAGAAAGGUUUGUCCGAAAAGGGACUGGGGAAUGCCAUGUUUGAGUAUUUUGGGUGGUUGGGCAAAGAGGAACUGCAUUAGGAAAGAGGAACUGAAUUAGGGUUUUUUUUUAGUGAGCUCUUUAUCCAUGAGAAUACUCAAAUGUCUGAUUAUUUUUUUUAAGCCUCUUUUUUGCUGUUGAUGUAGAUCAGUCUUCUAUUGUAGUAUCCAACCUGUAGGAAGUAGCUAAGGGAGCCAUAUUGUUCCAAGGGAUCGCUGAGCCAGUGGAAAGGGACAUCUAGUUCUGACUCUGCCUAAACAGGGUUAUACAUCUGAAAGGUCACACUGCCACCACGAAGCCUGGCUUUUUCAAUCUCCUGCUUGUUGCCUCAGCAUCUUUUUCCCUUUUGCUUCUCACUCAUUUCUUCCCUGCCUCAUUUUACUCUUUUUUAAAGGAAAAAAAAAUCCCUGCUUUUUCAUAUUGAAAAGUUGUCUUGUAAACAAAUAAAAGGGUUUCUUAUGUUUUC